AUGAUUAACACAAAAAGAGAUAGGCAGGUGAAUUUCUCUUCUUGCGAAGAAGAAAUUUUAGUUCAACUUAUACUAGAAAAUGGUCAUAUAGUAGAAAAUAAAGAGACAGAUGCUGAUAUGUGGCAAAAGAAAAAAGAAGUGUGGGAGAAAAUUGAUAAAUCAUUGGUAGUAUCUACGGAUAUAUUAUUAUUAUCAUCAUCGGGUGUACAAAGAGGUACAAAGUCAAUUAAAAGCAAAUGGGAAAAAUUGAAGAGAGACGUAAAGCAACGUUUAGCAUUGGAGAAAAAAGAAAUGUACAUGACUGGUGGAGGUACAGCUAAACAGUUUAAACCAAUGAAAUAUUAUAAAGAAAUUGUUGAGUUACUAGGUGUUUCAGCUAUUGGGUUAGACAGUGGCUUUGACUCUGACAAUAUAAAACUAGUUCCAAAUAAUUCAGAAGAUAUUGAUAUAGCCGGCAUGGAUGUGGUAGUACUAGAAAAUAUGAUGCAUAGCCCAAAUAUGUUUGAAGAUAGUCAAUUACAUAAUGUAAAUACAUGCUUUAAAGAAACUGGACAGUUGAAUAAUAAGUUGGUUACAGUUGAGAACAAGAAGAGUGAAGAUGAUGAUGUGAUUAUUCCUCAAAUACCUACAACUAGUUAUCAACACGAUUGGAAUACUUGGUCACCAGGUGCAUUACGUCACCCAAUUUCCAGUAAUUUGCAAACUGGUAAAGCAAAAACCAAGUAUAAUAGUCAACUAAUACAGAAAAGGAGGAAUCAUAAUAAUAGUUUAAAUUUAAAUAAAAAGAAUGAGGUCUAUGAACAACAGUUGGAUUUGGUUAAGAUGGAAAGUGAGAGAACAGCAAUGCGUUUUGAAUGGGAUAAAAUUGAACAUGAGUUACGUGUCAAAGCUUUGGAAUUGGAUAUAGAAAUUAAAAAAAAAACAUUAUUGAACCUUGAUAAAAAUGAAUUUUAA